UUCCUCUCGGUUUGUUGAAGACAACUUAUAUCUAACCGACCCAUAUAAAAAAGGAGGUGAAUUUUGAAACGAAAACCAACAAUUUUUGUGUGGAAAUCAUCAAAUUUCUUCUUCUUCCUUGUGGGCAGUUGAGAAUUUUUUGUGUGGAGAAGGGAGAAGAUGCAAUCGAAUUAUUCAAGUUCGAAGGAGGAGUCCCAUUUAUCAUAUUAUUCAGAAUCAAAUUCCACGAGUGUGAUUUGCCUAGAUGUUCCAUCUCAUAUAAUCUCAAAAGGUUUAUGGGUCCAAUUCAAUGACCCUAAUUGGUGGCUCAAGGGUUCGUUGCCCCUCUUGGAGUUUCAAUUGACUGUUUUGUGCUUCUCAUUGGUUAUUACCCAUCUUAUUCUCAAGCAUUUUGGGGUCUCCAAAGUUUCCUCUCAAAUUCUUAUUGGGCUGAUAUUUGGGUGCUCGUGGAGGCAGUUCGACAAGGAGACAAUCAAUCUUUUCUACGAACGCAACCAAGACAUUCUAGGAUUGUUGGCAGAAUUCGGGUACACCUUGUACUUGUUCCUGUCCGGAGUCAAAAUAGACCUGUCAAUGACAAUCAGAGCCGGAAAAAAUGCACUCAUCAUCGGAAUUCUAGCCUUAUUAGUCCCUCUGUUCGCUGCAAAUUUUGUUCGAAGCCUUUUAGUUGAUGGCAGUGGCAUAUCUGAAGCAGACUUAUCCACACUCCCCAUCUUGAUUUCCUUCCACAGUAUGUCUUCAUUUCCCGUAAUCGCCUCUCUCUUGAGCGACCUUGAGAUUGUGAACUCGGAAUUGGGGCAUUUGGGGCUCUCCUCCGCCUUGUUCAGCGACUUGCUCAGCCUCUUCAUGAUGGUCACUGCCAGACAGGCCAAACGAUUCAAAGAUGUGCCUUCAAUAGCUUCUCUCCAACUCGGGGCUCUAAUUUUGCUCUUCCUUCUGAUUCUAUUUGUGUUCAGGCCAGCCAUGCUUUGGAUCAUCAGACAAACCCCGGAAGGGAUGCCGGUGAAGGGUAGCUACAUUCAAGCUGUCAUUUUUUUGGUUCUCUUCACCACUGUGUUGUUCAAUUUCACUGGCCAGAUUUCCAUAAUGGGGCCUUAUGUCUUUGGUUUGGCUGUUCCUGAUGGGGCCCCUUUGGCCUCCACUCUUGUGAACAAUAUUGAGUGCCUUGUUUCGGAUGUGUUUAUGCCCAUUUUGGUGAUUACCUGUGCUUUGAAAGCGGAUCUGUCGCAGAUUUCUUCCUCGUUUGAUGCUGCUUUCACAAAGUUGAACAUAGUUCUCAUUCUUGUCACUUUUGUCGUCAAGAUUGUGUCUUGCUUUCUGACUUCCAGGCAUUGUAGGCUGCCCUUCAGGGAUUCCUUGGCACUUUCUCUCAUCAUGAGCAAUAAAGGUGCUGUGGAAUUGGUUCUCUACACGAUGGCCAGAGAUUACAAUGCUAUCAAUGAUGGGCUUCUUGGAUGGUGCUUCCUUUCCAUAGUUUUUGUUGCAACAUUGGUGCCAAUUUUGGUGAAGUGUCUCUAUGAUCCUUCGAUGAAAUAUGCUGGCUAUCAGAAUAGGAACAUCAUGCAUUUGAAUCCUGCCUCCGACAAGCUUCGCCUGCUUGCCUGCAUUCACCAAAAUGAAAAUAUCAACAGCAUUAUUCAUCUUCUCAAUCUCUCAUGUCCCACGGCAGAAAACCCGCUUGCUAUUCAUAUAUUACAUCUUCUAAGAGAUUUUAGAAGCAAGUGUUUGGGAGAUGGUAGAGUGGUGUACAAGGAGGACGUGUGCAGAGAUGGGCAACAAACGGCAUUCAUUAUUAGAAAAAUAGUAAAUUUGUUUGAUCUUAUGAUAGUAGGGAGAAGAAAUGGCUUAAAAUCGUCUCAAACUGAUGGUCUCAAUGAGUGGAAUGAGUUUCCAGAGCUUGGAGUUCUUGGAGAUUUGAUUGCUUCAACAGAUAUCAACAGUAGAGCUUCUUUGUUGGUAAUACAACAACAGAUCGUGAUUCAAUAG